AGCAGGCAUGAAAGUUUUAGUUAUCUAGAAAUUUAGUGUUUGUUUAUCACAGCUAUUCUUUCUUGCGUAUCUAUCUUAUAGUUGUUUUUUCGAAUAAACAGCACGAUGUUCAUCUCACAAGACUCACCGGUCACAUUUAAAGGCUUCACCCUCGUCAUGCCGGCAGUAGCUGUCGGUAACGUGGGCCAGCUGGCCGUCGACCUCAUUGUGUCCACUCUCAACAUGAGCAGAGUGGGCUACGUCCACACAGACUGUCUCAUCCCGAUGGCCGGGAACAACCCGUAUGUCAGCUGCAAAGAGGACGCCGAGGAGCUUCACACUCCUGCAGAAGUUUACGCAGCAGCAGAACUGAAGCUGGCUGUCCUUCAGAUCAGAGCACCAGUUGUUCAGACGAAGUCCAAGAAGUUUUGUCAGCUGCUCGUUUCCUGGAUCAAAGCCAGUGGUUUCUCCAGGACGGUGGUUCUUUCCAGCAGCCAUGCCUACCAGAGGGACGACCAGCAGCUUCAGGGGACUCCUCUGAGGUACCUGGCCACUCCGUCUCUGCUGAAGGUGAGCGCGGACGCCCUGAACGAGCUUGGCUGGAGGGAGAUGGAGCGAGUGCCGCCCUUUCCUGGAGUAAAGGACGCAGACGCACAACCGAGACUCUGCAUCCCAGGAGGAGGCGUCACAAAGGGACUUUACGCAGACAGCUGCACUGAAGAUCUACCACUGGCUGUGCUGCUGCUCUUCUGCUCAGAAGGCGACAACGUCCCGGACGCUUUCACGCUCGUCAAUCAUCUCAAUGACUGGCUCUGUCUGCUGGACAAUCCCAGCCAACAAUCUCGCAGCAAGUGGAAGAUCCCGACUUCCUGGAGUCUCCUGUUUGGAAGCGGCAUCCCGCCUGCACUGUUCUGAGUUAGCUUCAUAAAAACACACAAAGGUUGUAUAAUAGCCCCCCGUUAUCUUCCCUUUUCCUCUUAUUUUAAUACGACGUGCCAAAUUUACAGGAACUGACCAAAUAUGACUUCCUGCAUUGCAAUGUUCUAGAAUUUGAACGAUUUCCAAUAAAAGAUAAUCCAGAGAA